AUGGAGCUUGUUGUGAUUCUUUUAUCGCUUAUGUUUUCAACAGCUAUCGCUCAUUCCACUCAAAGUACAGUACCUCUCAGAUCUUUCAAGAUGAGUGAAAAUGUAACAUAUGAUUGCAUUGAUAUUUACAAGCAACCAGGGCUCAAGCAUCCUUUGCUCAAAACCCACAAAAUUCAGAUGAAAUCAUCAGUUUCAAGACUUGAGUUAAAGAUGCAAACAGGCAAAAACGAAACAUCUAACAAAAGGAAGAUAGGGUGUCCAAAUGGAACUGUUCCUAUACUGAGGAAUACAAAAGAAUAUGUCACAAACUCUCAAAUGUAUGCUGAAAAGCAUUUUCAUCAGCUAUCAGCCGAUAGUCCUGGAACGCAUAUUGCUGGAGUAAGAUCAUCCAGUGGUCCAUUUCGUGGUGUACAAGCUUCGUUUAGUGCAAAUUCCCUAAACGUGGGAAAGGAUCAAGUCUCAUAUAGUCACAUAUAUAUAGGCAGUGGAUCGGAAAACCAAGUCAAUUAUAUCUCAGCUGGUUGGAUUAUAAAUCCAGGUUUAUAUGGCGACCAACGUGUUUGGACAUUUGGAUUUUGGAAGGGUAAGGAUGGGAAAGGAUGUUACAAUACCGCAUGUUCAGGGUUUGUUCAAGUAUCAAAGAAGAUUCCAAUUGUCGAGCCCCGUGAUCUUAAGACAGGGGUUCCUGGUUGGGUGCGAUAUUCCAUUCAUCAGGAUAAGAAUACAGGGAACUGGUGGAUUACGGAACUUAUGGAAGAUGCACCUAAUGAAGAUAUCGGUUAUUGGCCAAAAGAACUAUUUAACCUUUUAGACAAUGGUGCAAAUAUGGUUGGAGUUGGUGGUGUGGUACAGGCUUCACGUGAUGGUUUAAGCCCUCCCAUGGGUAAUGGUAAUCUUCCAAAUGCAGGCCGUCUGGAUUCAGGACUUUUCACAAAUAUUGAAGUCUUGAAUUCCAACUAUGAUCAACAUAAAAUGAAUGAUUAUCCUACAGAGAAUUUGUUAGAUAGUGAGAAAUGUUAUGGGCUAAGAAUUGGUACGGUAAAACGCUUCCACUAUACUCGUCUAGGUUUUUUUUUCAAUUAUGGUGGUCCGGGAGGGAUUUCAUGUGGGGUAUGA